AUGGUUGCAAAUCAAAAUCAAGUUCUCGAUUUGGGGAAGCCGACCACGACGGUUACUGUGGCUGCAGCUCGUGAUUCACAGAAAAAUGCACCUUUCAAGCAGCCAUCUAUCAUGAAUGAUGAGGAACAAGUGGAGGUCUCAGUGGGGCAGUUCAUUGGGGCAGUAGAAGGAGUGAUUGCAGAUGGUGCACAACACCUUGGUGCUCUUCUUGAUGCCAUGAUAGAAGCCGGAGUGUCAGCUGAUGGGGGAGUGGGCAUUAGUUUGGGUGAGAAAGAAAAUUUAAUUCUUGGGUCUGUAGCUUUAAUCAAAGAUGUUGAAAGGGAGAGACUGAAACCUUCUAAUUAUUUUAACAAACAUGAGAACAAAAAUGAUUUUGAGGAGGAUGAGAUCGAUCCUGACACCUUCACUAUCGGUCGACUCUAUGGCGACUUAAUGGAGGAAGUGAUAGAUGAUAAUAGUGCGGACCUUGAUGGAGUACUUGUAAAUGUACCCAUCAAGGAGGCAGAGUAA